CUGGUUUCUACGACUUAUUGCCUUGUACUGUCGCGUGGAUCGAUAUAUACUACUACGAGAUGGCCAGCGAAAGGACCAGGUUCUUGAGCUGGCUACCCGGCACUGUACGUGUCUCUGGUAAGUGUGCGAGGGCUGAUAGUACGCUGGUGGCCUUAAUGGAUGACACUUGGAAAAUCUAUCGCUGUCAUUAAGAUGGCAAUACUUUUCUCUAUCUCUGGCUGGUGCAGAGGUUCAUUUAAUCUGGGGAUGUCGCCUGUCAACGCGGCUGCCGGUUCCUCUCUACCAAACCUCCCUCGCAUACCUUCCCAAGGUGUAUCCAACGGCUGGAACACGGCGCAACAGACCGCUCAUUUCAGAGCAGGCACCGACCUCUUGGUAAGAUCAACCACUUCCACACCGUCAGCUCGCACCGUCAGGUCCUGAGCGACAGUGAAUGUCUUGCCGACAUGGUAGACAUCCGAAGGUAGCACAAUCUCAACGUCCUUGUCUUCGGCGAUUGGACCAUUGACCAAAACUUGCAAACCGUUGAGGUAAUCGGCUUCAGGAUCCUUCAGCGAGGGAUUGUAGGGGAUGACCGCGCCCGACCGGAUCAGGAGCGGAAGGGUGUUGAAAUCGUGCGUCUCGACGUACUAAGCCAACAUCUGUCAGUGUUUUUGCUCUAGGAAUGACUGCAGGAGGAUAACUCACCCAUUUCCCCUCCUCAUAAGUCUUUGUGUGAUCAAACCAUGACCUCCAUUUGGCUCCAGUGGCCGUGCCUGUUUCUGGAACAUAGAAACGCACCCAGCCGGAAGCAUCCAGCACCGGUGCAACCAACAAAUCACUGCCCAACAUGAACUGGGUAUCGAGGUUCCAAGUGUUGAAGUCGUUUUCAAAUUCAAGGAACAAGGCCCUCAUUACUGGAGUUCCGUUCCUGUGCGCCUCCAGUCCCUGCCUCAGGAUGUACGGCAUCAAUGCCAACUUUCGCAACGUGGCUUCCCUUAACACUCGCGAGCACUUCUCAUCUUCGCCAGGAUAUUUCUCCUCGAACAUCCAGGGCACCCUGUACGAGCUUGAGCCGUGCAAACGCGAAUGGGACGAAAGCAAUCCAAAUUGUACCCAACGCUUGUACAACGCGGGAUCCGGGAGGCCCUCGAAACCACCAAUGUCGUGGGCCCAAAAGGCAAAUCCGGACAAGGACAAGGACAGCCCGCCGCGGAUGGUCUCGGCCAUUGCAGGGAACGUGGACUCACAGUCACCUCCCCAAUGGACAGGAUAUCUCUGCGACCCUGCAGUACCCGGGCGGGCGAAGAGGACCGGGUUCUCGCCCUUGGCCGCGCCGGUCGUAUGAGACGAAUGGGCCUGAACGCAUUCCCACACCGUCUUCUGGUACAAGAAAGCAUAGAAAUUGUGCAUCCGCACGGGGUCUGAACCGUCAUGAUAUUUGACCUUUUUGGGAUCGAAUGGGAUUCUCUCACCAAAAUCGGUCUUGAACGAAUCCACACCCAGAUCCAUCAACCGGUGGAGGUGCGAGCUGAACCACGUCCGCGCCUCAGGGUUGGUGAAAUCCACCACGGCACACCCUGCCUGCCACUCAUCCCACUGCCAUACUGUUGGCCGCCUCGUAUCCGCACGCAUGAUGAAAUAUCCGUUCUUUUUGCCCUCGGCAAACAGUGGCGAUGCUUGUCCGACGUACGGAUUCAUCCACACACAUAAGCGAUGUCCUCUAGCUUUGACCCGCGAGAUAUAGCCCUUGGGGUCGGGAAACUGAGCCUCAUCAAAUAUGAAGUCGCACCAUUGGAAUGUCUUCAUCCAGCAGGCGUCCAAAUGGAACACCGAUAAAGGGAUGGAGCGCUCUUUGAGACCAUCGAGGAACGAGCUCACAACAUCCUCGGUGUAGCUGGUCUGAAAACUUGUCGUGAGCCACAAGCCGUAAGACCAAGCUGGAGGAAGAGCGGCUCGUCCAGUCAGACUCGUAUAUCUGCCCAAGACCUCCUUCAGCGUCGGACCCGCAAUUACCAUGUAUUCCAAAGACUCGCCCUCGACGGCGACGUUUACUCGAGUCGUACGCUCCGAUUGCACCUCGAGCAUGACCCUCCCCGGAUGGUUGAUGAAGACGCCAUAUCCUCGCGAAGAGACGAAGAAAGGAACAUUCUUGUAUGUUUGCUCCGAGGAAGUACCACCAUCCUCGUUCCAUACAUCGAUACUCUGGCCGUUCUUGACCAGAGGACCGAACCGCUCACCUAGGCCAUAGAUCUGCUCAUGCACCGAGAUGUCGAACUCUAGCAACAUGUAAUUCUUCUCCUCUGCGUACAGCCCGUCGGCAAUGGAGUAUGUGGGCGUGUCUCGGCUGGACACGAAUCCAAUCGACCUGAACGAAUGUCCACUCAAUCGCCUUUCAACUUCCGUCUUGGCCUUCGAGUUGGAGUACUCAAAGCUCAAGUUAUUUCGAGACGUGUCUACAGUCAAGUCCAGUGGUCCUGUACUGAUUUGAAGCUGCUUCUCUGGGACAUUGUCAAGUCUGACCGACGGCUGAUCCUCGAACAGCUCAAAGUGAGGACCUCCCUCGUCCUCUCCGUCCCAAUGGGUGAACUUGGCGGCAAGGAUUCCUUCCCGAGGAGAUCUCAAACUGGCAGUGAUCGAAGGUGUGUUUAACGAGUCGCCAACCCAAUUCUGCCGCUUGACGAGCAGUAGGUCAGCGCCCUGGUUGUCAUCCUUUACAUAUACUCUUUCAGCAUGCUCUGCCCAAUGGAAGGUGUAACCUUCCUUGGUCAUCCACAUGCCAUCGGUGAACUUCAUGGCUGCUGCAGGUAUGGCUCGAGUUCAAAGCCGAUGGUGAUGCCUCUCUGUGUCAACUACGGCAAGCAGUGAGAUACAACAUCACACAGGGCAUGAAGCCAGGCUGCAGUUCGUGAUGCUCUUGAAAACACAAGCACUUCCCAAAUAAAAUAGCCGAGUUUCCAGUGUCAUCGUCUCCAUAAUCGACACCAGACUCCAUUUUUGGGAUCCGCAACUGAGAGACCGAUCCGUCACCUCGGGCGGCUUGUCACGUUCACUCGCGGAAAAGAGUUGUACUAUGGUUAAAUUCAAAAGCCAAGAGAGUCCGUUCGCCUGGUUGUUGGGAUGCCUACGGAUAUGGUCCGGUGAUGGUCUCCGCAACGGUCGCGCGGACUGCCCCAUACCCCCCCUGUGCCCCCAUAUCUCUCGGCCGCUCCUCCCCCGGUUUAGCGAAAGCCAAAAUACGGGGCUGGCGCUGCUCAGGGCGCCUUUCACUACUGUGCUAGUAAAGAGUAACAACCUCGUUUCUAUGAUUUUGCAGAAGUCCAAGUACGACCGCGGUAUCUAUCAAGCAUUGGAAAGAAGCGCAGUACACAUAGUAACAUUUUGACCGAACGCCUCGCUACUACCAAGAUGGUACGAGCAUAAAAGGCAGUGGCUCCGAAGGCUUCUCAAUCUCCUCUGGACGUCACCAGCACCCGUCGUUACUUGACCGUCGAUGGAAUUGCAUAGUACUUUCGCCAAUUAUGCUCUUCUCUGAAUCCCAGAAGGUCUUUGAUCUUCUUGUUGCUCAUGGGGGCUUCCCUGGGCCCCAUCUCUCUGGUGAAAGGCGUAUGGGGAUAUCGACUUGUAAGGUAUUCUGUGGUCGAAGAACAAUUGUUUGUGAUUUCAUCAUUUGUCGCAUUGAAAAUCUGGAAUCCCAGGCCAUCCUUCUGGACACCGAGGGCAACCAUCUGACCUAGGUCUCGGGCAUCGGUAUACGACCAUCCGUGGACGUUCCAAUCAUCGGGCUUGUUGACAUAAUCGCGGAACACUUCAUGGUACUCGUCGGUAGCCACGACGUUUCCGAUUCUCAAGGCAUAGAUGUCCAUGCCGUAUUUGCGAGCAUAGCUGCGACCGAUGCGCUCACCGCAAAGCUUGGUGAUGGAAUAGACGUCCAUGGGGUUGACAUCCAAUGUCUCGUCGAUGGGGAAGGACGGAAAAUCGAUAUCUCCCUCUGCAAAGGUGACUCCGUAGACGCAGACCGAGCUUGCCAGAAUGACUUUCUUCACUCCUAGUUUUGCCGAUGCAUCAACCACAUUGAAGGUCGACAGCGCAUUGCCUCGGAACGUCUCGUUGUCCGGUACCAACAUGUUCCUGGCGUAGCCGGCCAGAUGGACCACGGCAUCUGGUGCCUGCAGCAACGGCUCCCGGAAUGGCUGGGUCAGGCGAAAGUGUGACGAUAUCGCAUUGAACACUUGGCCGCUGUCCGUCAGGUCGACUUUGAGUGUAUGCACACUUUGGCCUAGGUCUGCCGCCAACGGAGAGAGAUCCAGGUUCAAGACUUCAUAGCCAUGUUGCAGGAGCGCUGAUAUCACAUACCGACCAGCUUUGCCCGAGCCUCCAGUGACGAUGAUUCUUUUGGUCAUGUGUGCGGUAGAUGUACUGCACGCCUUGUCUUAUGAUUGGGAUGAUCGCCAACAGUGCACUGAAUACACACUUGCGCCGCAAGCCAGGCGUUUGUCCGGUCGAGAAGAUGGGCCGUGCUAGGAUUCCAUGUCCUGUGAAUUUUGCUACCCCAACGACAAAGCGAAGCACAGUCUUUGGUAUGGUUUCCCGCAACACUCUAGCUGGUAGCCUUUGGUCACAAGCGCAAUGUCCGGAGACUCCAGAAAUCCCCCGUAAGAGAGGUUGUUGGUCCCGCGGGGGCCUUCAUCAGCAAUACCGUCCGGCCCUCGGGUCAUUCGGCCCAGAUACUUCACAAGCGCGACAAGGCUGUGACAGUCGAAGCCAGCCAAUAGUACGAACCAUCGUCUAUUCACAGGACAGAACGUCGGACCCGGUUGCAUUAACAAGUCAAAAGCACUCAGCUUCAAGCCUCGUCGCAACCAGCGACGGAGACGGUUGCUCUGCCUCGAGCGACUGACUGGAAAGCACUAGCAUCUUAAGGCGAUAGCCCCGAACGGAUUGUAACACAAUCCGUCAGAGACGGACUGAUGAACGAUUAGGCUCACAUGCACUGCACAAAAAGAGAGAAUAAACUUUGGUCUUCGUGGGCAUCAAGCCUUGAUUGAGUGUUGUACUGGUAAGAUAACUCACCAUUCCCCCACGCGUCUCUCACAUUUGGUUUACUGCUGUCAAGAGUCAAAGGCGACCGCCCUGGUACUAGCAGCUCAGCACCCUCCAGCGCCCAGCGCUUAGCACCGGCGGCGAGCACCGUGCAGUGACGCUUUGGACUCCCCUAGCGCCGAAGCCAGCUGUGGGAACAAAGCUUUCGUGGCGCUUUAGUUCUACUUUGUUAGUGCGCGUCAAACUUCACGCCAGCUUUUAUUUCGACACGCCGAAAUCAAAACACGUUCGGAGUCAGAAGUCCUGAGCAAGCUGUAUCCUGACCAAGUUUCAUGAAACCUCCCUCAUCAUCAAGCGCAAGCGAGCCUUCAUCAUUACUCACCCUGCCAGUACCACAGCAUACAACUUACAGUGUAGAGGCCUGGCAUGGGCGUCCCUCGGAAGGGACCACAUGGGGAGAUAUCAAGUGGGCCCUCCGGCAGACCAUGCGCCGAACAGAGACACACCCGUCCAUUCAUGCUUGAAGAUGGCAAUAGAUGAGCUGACCGAGUUGCCGAAUCAGCAAUAAGCCGGCGGAACGUGGAUACGCUACACUUUCCACUGACUAGACGACACUGGUCGCUUACACUUACUACUGUACAAGCACCGACCUUCCGUUUUUCCAGUCACUUAUGCGACGACGUGGACUCGACAAUAGCCGGCGUCUUUCUGACGGCGAAUGAAACGGACCAGAACAAUUUGUUGCUCUGGCAAAAAGACCGUCUUUGAGCCCACACAUACCGGCGAAAAGCACGAAUGAAUAUUCCGCAACAUGCCAUUUCGUACAUCCAUAUCACGAGAUCGAGAUCGGCAACUGCUCCCCAUAUCCCCACAGAAACAGACAGAUGCAAGUAUAGUGAAAAUCCGGAGAGGCACGUGAGCCAUCAAUCCAUUGCGAUCGGCAUGCCUUGUCGACAGAAGAGUACGAUGGUCGUCGAAAUCAAGUUUCCCAUGCGUGACGCGGAACAGCUUCCGGACAAUCAUACCUACUAUACCGUGCGCGGAUGCAGGGAUUCGGCCAUAUUGUCUGUAUCCGAGGUUUACGGCAAUAGAAGGUCCACUAGGAGUAUGGGUCGACGACGAUUCAAGCUUCUCUUGACAACUUCUACAACGUUGUAUCCUUGUCCAACCACCAUACCAUGCCAAUUUCGACCAUUCUUCCAUCUUUCUUAAUCGAUCCGAUCGAUACGCCACUCAAUAGCACUGUCUCUUUUGUCUGCGAACGCGCAACUCCAGCUUUUUGUUGUCCUAGCGCAGUGGGGUCCCACGGUACUAUCCCCUCUUCUGCGCCUUGCUGGACACUACUACAGUAGUAGCCCGGUGGGAUUUCAGCCAUUGCCAUAAUGGUCAAUGAUUGCUACGGCACUUAUGGGCCUUGUGCAUGGGUCGCGCGGAGAGUCGUGAAUUGCGAAUCGCGAUCGAAGACUAACACGAGCGGCUACUACAGUACCACUGAGGAUCCGCGAGGCCCCCAAACGGAAAUAUAAAGAGGAGAGGAUGGGCCACCAACAGAAAAUUGGAUCUCUUUUUCCCUUUCAGUGUGCUUUCUGAAUCUCUUCGGGGUGGAAGCAGAAUAAACCAGGUGUUGCAGUCAGUCGGCUGACUGAUCAUCAUUCAAGAUGGGUGGCAGCGGCAAAGCGUAUACCAUCAAGUGCUCGCUUUUCGCGACUAUAGGAUCGCUGAUCUAUGGCUACGACUCGGGCAUCAUCAGCACGACGCUGGGCCAGGCCACCUUCCCAUCAUACUUCAACAACCCAUCGGAAAACCUGACGGGAGCAAUCGUAUCGAUAUACACAGGAGGUACGGGCCUUGGCAACCUCUCCGGCGGAUACUUUGGCGACAAACUAGGCCGCAAGAAAACCAUCUGGCUAGCAUCAACACUAGCACUCCUGGGAGCGAUUCUACAAACGGCAGCAGUCAACAUUGGCAUGUUGAUCGCGGGACGAAUUAUCGCCGGCUACGCAAUCGGAUUAGUCUACGCAGUCAGUUCGAUCUACAACGCGGAGAUCGCACCGCCUAAAAUCCGCGGGAUCACCGUGGGUCUGCAGACGCAAGUGAUAUCCAGCGGCUAUGCUUUAUCAAACUGGAUCGGAGUAUUUGGCAGUUUCGCAUCUGGAAACGCAGCAUGGCGCGUGCCCUUGGGAAUCCAAUGCGUCCCAGCCGUGAUUUUGAUCAUCGGUCUAUUCUGGCUCCCCGAAAGUCCACGAUGGCUAAUCCAGCACGGCAAAUCCGAAGAAGCCCGCGAGAUCCUGGGCAAACUGCACGCCGACAUCAACGCGGAUGCGGAUUUCAUGGAGCGCGAGUUCGCCCAGAUCAAACAACAGAUCGAGUACGAGCGCGAAGUGGAGAUCAAGACAUGGUGGGUCUUGUUCACCAAACCAUCCUAUCGAUACCGAUUGCUGUUGGGAGUUGGACUCCAAAUCUUCCUACAGACCAGCGGCUCCUCCGUCAUCAACUACUACCAAACCCAGCUGUUCAAGGGCGUGGGCAUCACAGGCCGCGACGUCCUCUGGGUAUCCGCGGGCUACGGUAUGAUGGGCGUCAUGGCCAACGCCGUAUGUUUGUGCUAUAUUGACCGUGUGGGCCGCAAAUUGCCUCUGGCAUGGACAUCCGUCGCGCUGGUAGUCGACAUGAUUCUCAUCAUGGUGUUUACCAAGCAAUAUGCCGAAUCGACCAACAAAGUGGGGCAGGGGUUCACAAUUGCGUGGAUUUUCAUCUUUUCCAUCAUUUUCUCGUUGGGGUACAAUGCCAUCCAGCUGGUCUAUAUUGCGGAAAUUUUCCCCACUGCAUUGCGAUCCCGUGCGACGGCUAUCUGUGCGUUCAUGGGGACCGGUGUGGGAUUGUUGCUGAAUCAGCUGAGUCCAAGGGCCUUCAAGGCCCUCGGGUGGAAGUAUUAUAUUGUGUUUGUGGUUUGUGAUGCCUUUGCUGCGUUUUGUUUCUUUGUGUUUUAUCCCGAAACGAAGGGCAAGACGCUUGAAGAGAUGGCCGACCUGUUUGGUGAUAAUGUCGCUUUCUCGGAGUAUAUUGGGACCACGGCCACGGGUUCUGGUGCUGGCCCAGGGGUGAAUCUGGCUGCUCACAAGGCUGCGGUUGCGGAUGUCGACGAUGCGGAUGCUGAUCAUCUCGAGGAUAUGGCUGCUGAACAUGUUGUUUCGGAGCCGAAGAGAUAGGAUAGGAUGGACAGCCAGAAAAGGAGGCUGGACUGGGCUGGUGUUGUACUGUACGCGGCAUUGGGCGAAGAGAAGAGAAGGGAAUCCGAGAACGAAAACUCAAAAAAAAAAAAAAAGAAAAGGGAGAGACAGUCUGUCCAUACAUUCCAUCUGCGGGCUAUGGAUUAGAUCCAGAACCACGCCGAGGAAACGUGUCUCGACAGUACACAACCAAGACGACCACUGAGGGAAGAAGAUACAACGCGAAAAGCGAUGGAAAAGGCAAGGCUGGCUCGAGUUGAGUGGUAAUCUCAAACAAAACAGUCAACAGUCGGUCAAUCAGGACUAGGUAGAGUAGGGAACUACCUGGGUUACCUGUUGGACAGACGGUGCGAUAGAUAUACAAACAAUCCACAUCUGAAGGCCCUUGACGGUAGGACAUACAUACGUGCAUACAUACGAAUAUACAAACAUCAAUAAGGGAACGGAGGAAGCGGUCUGAAUUCCCAUUAUGAGCUGGAUUUCACUGCAUCCGCUGUUUACUAUGUAGGUAGGUGGGUAGUUUUUUCCUUCCGAAUUUG